AUGGAGGCGGCGGGAGGCGGCGGAGCCCCGGGCCCGGGCAGGGCCCGGCCGGGACAGCCCCAGCCACAGCCCCCACCCCAGCCGCAACCCCAGCCACAGCCACAACCCAAGGGCCGGGAGCUCUUCAGGAGCCAGCGGAAGGAGUCCGAGGGCUCCGUGGAUUGUCCCAACCUGGAAUUUGAGUACGGCGAUGCCGACGGCCACGGCGCUGAGUUGGCAGAGCUGUACAGCUACACCGAGGAGCCCGAGCUGAGCCACAACAGGAGAUGCUUCGAGGAGGAUUUUCACACUCAAGUGCCAGGCAGGAGGUGGCUGGAGCUGGACGCGGCUCAGCAGAAGGCCUACGUCAUGCGCCUGCUGGAUGGGCUGGAGGUGGUCAACAGGGACAAGAGGCUCAGAGUAGCACGGGCCAUCCUGUACCUGGCACAGGGUGUCUUUGGGGACUGUGAUAAUGAAGGUGAUGUCUUGCACUGGUCUCGGCACAACAGCUUCCUCCUGUACCAGCUGGGAACCUUCUCCGCCUUCCUGGAGCUCCUCAACAUGGAGAUUGAGAACAGCCAGGCCUGCAGCAGCGCCCUGCGGAAGCCGGCCAUCUCCCUGGCCGACAGCACGGAGCUCAGGGUCCUGCUCAGUGUCAUGUACCUGAUGGUGGAGAACAUCCGUGUGGAGCAGGAGACGGAUCCCCCCGAGUGGAAAACCUGCCGGGAGACCUUCAGGAUGGAGCUGAGUUUCCCUGUGCACACUGAGGAGCCGUUUGCUCUGCUGCUCUUCACCAUGGUGACCAAAUUCUGCAGCGGCCACGCUCCACACUUCCCCAUGAAGAAAGUCCUGCUCCUGCUCUGGAAGGUGCUCCUGCUCACGCUGGGCGGGUUCGAGGCGCUGCAGGCCAUGAAGGUGCGGCGGCGGGAGGAGCUGGGGCUGCCGCCCCUGCCCGAGGACAGCAUCCAGGUGGUGCGGGGGAUGCGCGCAGCCUCCCCGCCCACCUACGCCAUCGAGCUCAUGGAGCAGCAGCAGCAGCAGCAGCAGCAGCAGCAGCAGCAGCAGCAGCAGAAGCGGGGCCACCGCAGCCGCAGGCCCCUGAUGAAGCAAGACAGUUUGGACAUCUACAACGAGAGAGAUCCCUUCAAGAACGAUGAAGGAGGAGUUGAUGAAGAGGAGAACGAUGACGUGGACAGCGGGAUCGAGGGGGAGCUGGACCUGAUGGAGCGGGACGCGAUCAUCCCCGCAAUGCCAGCUCAGCGCCUGCCCAUCGAGAGGGUGUCCUUCCCCAAGGGGCUCCCCUGGGCCCCCAAAGUCAGACAGAAAGACAUCGAGCAUUUCCUGGAAGCAAGCAGGAACAAAUUCAUCGGAUUCACGCUGGGACAGGACACCGAAACCCUGAUAGGGCUCCCGCGGCCGAUCCAUGAAAGCGUGAAGACCCUGAAGCAGCACAAGUACGUUUCCAUCUCGGAUGUCCAGAUCAAGAACGAGGAGGAGCUGGAGAAGUGCCCCAUGUCUCUGGGGGAGGAGGAAGUCCAAGAAACCCCUUGUGAGGUCUUGUAUCGAGCAAUGUUGUACAACCUCCCCCAGUACAUGAUCGCUUUGCUGAAGAUCCUCCUGGCUGCCGCACCCACCUCCAAGGCCAAGACCGACUCCAUCAACAUCCUGGCAGAUGUGUUGCCCGAAGAGAUGCCCAUCACCGUUCUGCAGAGCAUGAAACUGGGCAUCGACGUGAACAGACACAAAGAGAUCAUCGUGAAGAGCAUCUCGGCUCUGCUGCUGCUGCUCCUCAAGCACUUCAAGCUGAACCACAUCUACCAGUUUGAGUACGUGUCCCAACACCUGGUGUUUGCCAACUGCAUCCCGCUGAUCCUCAAGUUCUUCAACCAGAACAUCAUGUCUUACAUCACUGCCAAAAACAGCAUCUCCGUCCUGGAUUAUCCGCAUUGCACAGUCUGUGACUUGCCCGAGCUCACAGCAGAAAGCCUGGAAGCUGGAGACAACAACCAGUUCUGCUGGAGGAAUUUGUUCUCCUGCAUUAACUUGCUGAGGAUCCUCAACAAGCUGACCAAGUGGAAACACUCGAGGACAAUGAUGCUGGUCGUGUUUAAGUCAGCCCCGAUCCUGAAGCGCGCUCUGAAGGUGAAGCAGGCCAUGAUGCAGCUCUACGUGCUCAAGCUGUUGAAAAUCCAGACCAAGUACCUGGGGCGGCAGUGGAGGAAGAGCAACAUGAAGACCAUGUCUGCCAUCUACCAGAAGGUGCGGCACCGCAUGAACGACGACUGGGCCUACGGCAACGACAUUGAUGCAAGGCCGUGGGAUUUCCAGGCUGAGGAAUGCACCCUGAGGGCCAACAUCGAAGCCUUCAACAGCCGCAGGUACGACAAGCCCCAGGACUCGGAGUUCGCCCCGGUGGACAACUGCCUGCAGAGCGUGCUGGGCCAGCGCCUGGAGCUCCCCGAGGACUUCCACUACUCCUACGAGCUCUGGCUGGAGCGGGAGGUGUUUUCCCAGCCCAUUCGUUGGGAGGAGCUGCUGCACUGCCAGUGACAGCCGCACCUCCACCUGCCCCACCUCCGUAAGGGCUGGCGGUGCCACAGGCUGAGAGAGGAAAAUCGGUUUGGAUUUGGGGGGGGUUUAAGCACAGCUGGGAAAAAAAAUUAAAUCUUUCCAAAGAGACCAAGUCUCUCCGUGCCUACCAGACACCUCGUUUUGGAGGUCAUCCCUUUCCUGUGACUUCUUUGGAGACCGUAAAGUCUCAGCAGAGGCCACGGAGCAGCUUCCAGAGGGAGCUCAGAGAUAAGGUCUGUCUUGUAGCUUGGUUCACGCAUGGUGUAAGGAUUCCCAGCUGGGAAUUCCGUCCCUCCCGAACACCCCACGCUGUGCCUCGUUUGUUUUGAUAUAUUCAGUUCUGGCUGGCUGCUGGUGUGCUUCAAUCCUGCCACCACCCUGCCACCCCCCAGCAGCCCUAGGAAGGUGCCCACCAGGAAUACACGUUGGCUUGGCCACUGGAGACAACAUUCCCUGUUGUCCCUGGGCUGGCAUUGCUGCUGCUGGGGUGACACAGCCCAUCUCACAGAGCCCUGGUGCCACCAGGGACAGGUUUUGCAUGUUCCCCUGGUCACCGAUCCGUUACCUUUUCUCCUCUCCGCUUUCCUCCACCUUCACUCACCACGUUUCUUAGAGUGAAACGAUCCCUGUGCUGUGCAGUGCUCAGAGCUGUAGAGGUUGGAUGUCCCCUUUCUCUCCCCCUGAGUGUCAUUAGGACUCCAGAUCCUCUUUGGCUCUUCCAGCCCUGAGGAGACAGUAAAUACCACGUUAAAUAACCUGAUUUUUACACAGAUCUUUGGGUGUUCGGGGGCGUGCUUGUGCUGGGUCUUAGAGUGGGGAGGGAAAGUGCUUUGGUUAAGAAUUUAUGAGGAAAAGAGUGGACUCUGUGGUCCAUAACUUUCAGAAUGAACAGGAUAUUGAGCUGUAAACUUCCUAUAAAUUUAUUAACUCAAUACUUCAAUUUAAUAAUAAACACUACGCUUGGGUAAAGCCGCGUUGCAUGAGGAUGGCAUUUGCCAAAGCAUCGUGUGUUCAUAUAGGGCAGGGAAGCCCUGAGUAUCCACAAGUGUUUGUUAUGGCAGGAGUUGUGCUUAUUGCUUAAAGCAUUAAUUAGCCCGGGAAUGUUUCCUUCAUGGGGUUUGUCCAAGGCCUUAUUCAUGCAAAUGGCAUUAAACCCUUUAAAACCUUUUUAAAUAUGCUUUUGAACGUUCAAAAUAAACCAGCUUUUAAAGGA